AUGCUUGAUGGGGCUGGACCCCUUUCGGCCACCGGCCUGCUCCCGCAACGAGUAGUGACUGGGCAGAUUCAUGGAAAUCGAGGCGCAGCAGGACCCUGUCUGCGUCCUCAUCGUCUUCCCCAACGCAGGCCUCAGCUUCACGAUUGA